CAAAGCAUGUAGAUUCAAGUAGAAGUAUUGGAAACAAAUGGCUACAUAUCACACAAUCAUAAAGAAUUCCAGAACAAUUUAAUUGGUUACUUAAUGAUACUCUGGGUAGAGUAUCACUCACCGAAAAGCCUUGCAGUGCUUUACAGACAGGCUCGUCGGGAACCUCCUCUCAUGAGACAGACAUGCCGUCUGUUUGCCUCCCAGGCAUAGGAUUCAGUGUGUCUCUUUGCACUCCAAGAUAUACCAGACCAAUCCUUCCUCUUCAUUCAUAAACAUAACACACCUAGCCCUGCUGUUUAUUUCUUCUUGUAGAUACCAUCUCAUGGGCUUUGCACUCAAUUCACCCCAGCUCUGUAUGCAGACAACCUCACAAUGUGAAGUGUACAAUACACAAAUAGCCAGAGAUGGAGAUAGGUGUCUGUUACCUUGGAGAAAUCUCUUCCAGACAGGGGAUAUGUGCCCUCUGUUGAGUCUCAUAUCUUCACCACACAAGGCCGUGGUGCCCCUUGGCACCAGAAGAUCAUCGGAAGCCCCCGUAGCAACAAUGGACGUCUUCUUGAUGAUCCGUCGCCACAAAAUGACCAUCUUUGCUGAUGCCAAGGAGACGACUACCGUGCAGGAGCUGAAGAAGAUUGUGGAGGGCAUCCUGAAGAGGCCUCCAGAGGAGCAGCAGCUAUACAAGGAUGACUGGUUGCUGGAGGAUGGUGACAGGACCUUGACAGAAUGUGGGUUAAGCAGUCAGACUUCCCGUCCCCAGGCGCCAGCCAUGGUGGGCUUGGCCUUAUUCAGAGCCAGCGAGGGCUCCUUUGAGCCAUUGCACAUCGACCCCUUCUCCAGCACCCCCGAGCUGCCUGAUGUCUUGAAGCCUCAAGAUUCUGGCAGCAGCUCCGGUGAGCAGCCUAUGCAAUGAAACCAAGGU